AUGGAUAUCCCUUGGUGUACCAUUGGAGAUUUCAACAUGAAAAAGAUCUUUGAGUUUAUUAGUAUGAUUGAAGUAUGUGGCUUGGUUGAUCUUGGUUACACAGGGCCUCCUUUCACUUGGUGUAAUCAAAGGGCUACACAAGCUAGAGUAUGGAAGAGGCUAGAUAGGUCUAUGGUUAAUAAUAAAUGGCUUGAGGUUAUGCCUCAAACUACUAUUGAACAUCUCCCUUCUGUGGGUUCUGAUCAUAGCCCACUCUUGAUGGAAAUGAUUAGGAAAAAUGAAAGUCACACCAAGUACUUCAAAAUUUUACAGUGUUGGGUAGACAAUGACAACUUUAUGAAGACUGUUCAGGAUUGCCGGGAUAGGGAAGUCACUGGAAUAGAGGAGACAAUUAGGAAAGCAGAGGAAGAACUCCUGACAAAUAACACAGAGGAUUGUAGAAAGCAGUUACAUCUCAUGAAUGCCAACUACAUUAGAUUUUUGAAGCUGGAGGAAUCUAUUCUUAAACAAAAGACUCAGCUCCAAUGUUUUAAGGAAGGAGAUGCCAACACCAAAUACUUCCAUGCUUUGAUGAGGGGAAGAAGAGGAAGAUUAUUUUUGCAUAAAAUUUGUACUGAUGAUAAUGUGUGGAUACAGGGUGAUGAUCAGAUUGCACAGGAAAUGCCUACCUUGGAGGAACUAAAACAGGUGGUGUUUGCCAUGAACCCAAAUUCAGCACCUGGUCCAGAUGGUAUAGGGGGAAAGUUUUACCAAGCAUGUUGGAACAUCAUUAAAAAAGACCUGCUGGCGGCAGUGCAGUCCUUCUUUUGUGGACAUAUCAUGCCUAAGUUUAUGUCCCAUGCUUGCUUAGUUUUAGUUCCCAAAAUUGAGCAACCUAAUAGAUUCACUGAUCUCAGACCUAUUAGUCUCAACAAUUUCUCCAACAAGAUCAUUUCCAAACUUUUGAGUAUGAGAUUGGCAAACAUUCUCCCGUUACUAAGAUCAGAAAAUCAAUCAGGAUUUGUAAGGGGGAGAAGUAUCACAGAAAACAUCAUGCUGGCUCAAGAAAUCACUCACAGAAUUAAGAGGCCCAAAGAGGGGGAUAAUGUUGUUAUCAAACUAGAUAUGACCAAGGCCUAUGAUAUAGUGUCUUGGUCAUUUACUUCUUUGGUGUUGAGAAGAUUCGGCUUUGGGGAGUUUUUCAUUGACUUAAUUUGGAGAAUCAUGAGCAACAAUUGGUAUUCAAUCAUUAUUAAUGGCCACAGAUAUGGAUUUUUUCACUCAACUAGAGGCCUUAAACAUGGUUUUAGCAUGGAGUCCAAAGGUCCCCAGAUUAACCUCUUAAGUUUUGCUGAUGAUGUGAUUGUUUUUACUUCCACUGAUAGACAGUCUAUGAAGCUCAUCAUGGAUACAUUGGAGGAGUAUGAGCAUACAUCUGAUCAACUUAUUAACAAAGAAAAGAGUCACCUUAUGGUACCAACUAACACUCCUCAAGACAUCAUCACCAUCAUCCAGGAGGUCACAGGUUUCUAUCAGAAAGACAGUCCAAUUACAUAUUUAGGUUGCCCCAUAUAUAUUGGUAGACAAAGGAUCAUUUUCUACUCCCAGCUGGUAGACAAAGUCUCUAAGAAGAUUUGUGGGUGGUAG